AUGAGCUUGGAGCGCGAGCUGCGCCAGCUGAGGAAGGCCAAGGCCAAGGCGCAGCGGAGCGGACAGGUGCGCGAGGAGGCCGCCCUGUGCCACCAGCUCGGGGAGCUCCUGGCGUGCCACGGCCGUUAUGCAGAGGCCUUGGAAGAGCACCGGCUGGAGCUGCAGCUUCGGGAAAGCGCCGACGACCCCCUGGGCUGCGCCGUAGCCCACCGCAAGAUCGGGGAGCGGCUGGCUGAGCUGGAGGACUUCGAUGGUGCCCUGAAGCACCAGCACCGAUACCUGGAGCUGGCCCGCUCCCUGUCCAGCCAUGUGGAACAGCAGAGGGCAUGGGCUACCAUUGGCCGCACCUACCUGGACAUCCAAGAGCACAGCCAGUCGCAGGACGCCCUGCUGCAGGCCCAGGCUGCCUUUGAGAAGAGCUUAGCAAUUGUGGACGAGAAGCUGGAUGGCUCUGUGACCCAUCGAGAGGUGAUUGAGAUGCGGACUCGUCUCUACCUGAACCUGGGCCUCACCUUUGACAGCCUGCAGCAGGCAGCCCUAUGCAGUGACUACUUCAAGAAGAGCAUCUUCCUGUCUGAGCAGAACCACCUCUACGAGGACCUCUUCCGUGCCCGCUACAACCUGGGCACCAUCCACUGGCGGAGGGGCCAGCACUCGCAGGCCAUGCGCUGCCUGGAGGGCGCUCGAGAGUGUGCUCGUGUGCUGAAGAGGGCCUUCAUGGAGAGCGAGUGCUGCUUGGCCAUCUCGCAGAUCCUCCAAGACCUAGGGGACUUCUUGGCUGCCAAGCGAGCCCUGAAGAAGGCCUACAGGCUGGGCUCCCAGAAGCCUUUGCAGAGAGAGGUGGUCUGCAGUAACCUCAAAUAUGUGCUGAAGGUGGUCCGGCUGCAGCAGCGGCUAGAGGAGGCCAAGGACUGCGACCCUGAGAGCGCUGUGGGCAUCUGUGAGCAGCUGGGGGACCUGUUCUCCAGGGCAGGUCACUUCCCCCGAGCAGCCAAGGCCUACCAGGAACAGCUGCAUCUUGCAGAGCUGCUAGGCCGGCCAGGGCCCGAGCUGGCCGUCAUCCACGUGUCCCUCGCCACCACCUGGAGUGACAUGAAGGAGCCGGGCCGGGCGGUGUCGCACUACGAGGAGGAGCUGAGGCUUCGUGGUGGGAACCCACUGGAGGAUGCCAAGACCUGGUUCAACAUCGCGCUGUGCCGAGAGGAGGCUGGGGAUGCGUAUGAGCUGCUGGCCCCCUGCUUCCAGAAGGCGCUCAGCUGUGCCCAGCAGGGUCAGCGGCCCCAGCUGCAGAGGCAGGUCCUGCAGCACCUCCACACUGUACAGCUGAGGCUGCGGCCCCAGGAGGCCCCCAGCUCGGAGGCCAGCCUUCAGGAGCUGAGCGCUGCAGGGGAGGAGGAGGAGGAGGAGGAAGAGGACAGCAGCGAGGCUCUGGAGGCCAGUGACCCGGAGCUCUCCGAGAGCGAGAACGAGGACCCAGAGGAAGACGAGGAGUUGCGGGGCUGCCGGGGCCAGCGGAGGGUGAACAAGUGGAACCGGAGGAACGACAUGGGUGAGACCCUGCUGCACCGGGCCUGCAUUGAGGGCCAGCUGCGCCGAGUCCAGCACCUCGUGAAGCAGGGCCACCCUGUGAACCCUCGGGACUACUGCGGCUGGACCCCCCUGCACGAGGCCUGCAACCACGGGCACUUGGAGAUUGUCCGCUUCCUGCUGGACCACGGGGCUGCGGUGGACGAUCCAGGUGGCCCAGGCUGCGAGGGCAUCACCCCGCUGCACGACGCCCUCACGUGUGGCCACUUUGAGGUGGCCGAGCUGCUCAUUGAGCGAGGCGCAUCUGUGACCCUGCACACCGCCAAGGGCUACAGCCCCCUGGAGACCCUGAGACAGUGGGUGCAGCUGUACAGCAGGGACCUGGACCGGGAGACACGGCAGAAGGCUGGCACUAUGGAGAGGCUGCUUCAGACAGUUGCUGAGGGCCAAGCUCCCCAGGACUCCCAGGCAACCCGGGCCUUCCCGAGGAACUCUCUGUUUGACCCGGAGACCUCUCCUCCCUCCAGCCCCCAUGCCGGACGCCCUCCUCAGGCUUCACAGCCCCUGGAGGCCUCAUGGGUCCCUGCCAGGCGCUCCCCCGGGCUCAGGCCUGGGAGGGACUGGCAGGGACUGGGGGACAGCAGCAGCUCAGAGAGUGACGAUGGCGAGGACCCCCGUCCACCGGCACACAAGAGGCCUCGGCCCUUGGCCACUAGCCAGGAAGCCCCGGCCCAGACGGCCAGCCCUGCUGUGGACAGAGAGGCAGCCGUGGCCAGUGCCAGCCGGGCAGCCUACCAGGCGGCUAUUCGGGGUGUGGGCAGUGCCCAGAGCUGCCGCCUGGGGCCCAGCCUGCCACGGACGCUAGGCGAGACCCCUGUGCCCCGGGCAGCCCUGCUUGCCGAGGAGGAGUGCCUGGCUGGGGACUGGCUAGAGGACGACUUGCCCCCGGCAACUUUCGGCCGCAAGAGGGGCAGCCGCCCACCCCAGCUCCCAUGCAUGGCCAGCAGUGAGCGUCCCACCAAGCCUCGGACCCAGCAGAGCCAUCUGAUCCAUUUGCCCCCCAGCGAGCGCUGCCCUGAGGCCAGUUCGACUGCACAGCCCCCGGGAAACCCUGCCAGCCCCAAGGGCUCUGUGCCUGGCCGGGAGCCCCUGGCUGCAGGCCAGCCCUCGGGCCCAGCCCAGCCACCUCCCAUCCGAGUGCUGGCUCAGGUGACUUCGUGGGACUUGCCCCCACUGACUGACCGGUACCACAAGGCCUGCCAGAGCUUAGGGCAAGUGGAGCACCCGCAGGUGCUGCAGGCUGUGCAGCGCCAAGGCUCGGGCCCUACGUUCAGCGCCUGCUCCCUGGCUCUACGCCAGGCUCAGCUCACCCCCCUGCUACGGGCCCUAAAGCUACACGCCGCCCUCCGGGAGCUGCGGCUGGCUGGGAACCGACUGGAAGACGCCUGUGUUGCUGAACUGCUGGCCACCCUGGGCACCAUGCCUGGGCUGGCCGUCCUCGACCUCUCCUCCAACCACCUGGGCACGGCCGGCCUGCGCCAACUUGCCUCGGGCCUCUCAGAGCAGGCUGCUGCUCAGAGCCUGCAGGAGCUAGACUUGAGCAUGAACCCCCUGGGAGAGAGCUGCGGCCCAGCUCUGGCCUCUCUCCUUCGGGCCUGCCCCAUGCUCAGCACCCUGCGCCUCCAGGCCUGCGGCCUCGGCCCCAGCACCUUCCUCAGCCACCAGGCAGCCCUGGGCGGGGCCUUCCAAGGUGCCGAGCACCUGAAGACACUGUCGCUGUCCUACAAUGCCCUGGGUGCCCAGGCCCUGGCCCCGGCUCUGGCCAGCCUGCCCUCCCGCUCCCUCCUGCACCUGGAGCUCGGCUCCGUGGCCUCCAGGAAGGGCGAUGCAAGGCUCGUGGAGCCCGUGGUCAGGUAUCUGACUCAGGACGGCUGUGCACUGUCACACUUGGGCCUGUCUGGAAACCAACUGGAUGACAAGGCGGCAAGAGACCUGAGCAGAUGUCUCCCCGCCUGCCCCUCACUGGUCUCGAUGGACCUGUCUGCCAACCCUAACAUCAGCAGGGCCGGCCUGGAAGAGCUCCUGUCUGCCCUCCAGGAGCGGCUCCAAGGCCUCACCUUCCUCAGCCUGUCAGGCUGCGCAGUCCAGGGCCCUCUGGGCCUGGGGCUCUGGGACAAGAUCUGCAAGCACGUGCAGGAGCUGCAGCUGUGCACCCGCCGCCUCACCCCUGAGGACCCGGCAGCCCUGCGCCAGGUGCUGCCCUGCCACUCGGACCGCAGCGCGUGCACGCUGGAUCGGGGCUCCAAACUCCUCUACCGGUGCCUCUGACCAGCCAGCUCCACUGCCGGGACAUUUCAAAGCCCUCAAUAAAUGAGCUUGCUGCCUC